AUCAGUAUAAGAGACAGCCCUCCACCAAUCUCACCCCCGCAGACUCCAUCUUCCGCUCCACGCUGGACAAUACCACCAUCGCCAGGACACCCGAUGCUACAAGCACCAGCAUCAGCAUCAGCAUCAAACGCAGCAAACUCCACUCCUGCACACUCACCAACUCCUCCACCCGCCGCUGCACCCUGUCCAACACAACCCUCCUCAACGUCCCCGCAGCCCGGUCGCUCGACGCAAGCGACUCCUCACUAUCUAAUAUCCGCCGUGUCCGACGGAGCGAGAUACGCCACAGCGCCGUGAGCGAUAGCGCUGUGAGACGGAGCACGGUGGUCGACUCGACCGUGAAGCAGGGCUGUCUUCUCCGGCGGAGCAAGCUGGACCAUGUGACUGCCUGCAAGAGCCGGUUGAAGAGGGCGGUCCUGAGGGACUGCGAGGCGAGUGAGUGUGUGAUCAUCGGGACGGAGUUUACGGGGAUGAGGUUGAGGUUCGGGGUGUGGAAGAAUGGGCGGUUGGUGGGGAGGAUUGGGGAGGGGGAGGUUGUUGCGGAGGAGAUUGGGGAGGGCAAGAAGGGCAAGGAUGCUGUCCCUGGUGAUGCGAAGGUUGAGAGGCUCGAUUACAAGAUUCUCCAGGAGGAGAGCGAGUCGGAGGAUGAGUCCAGUGUGAGUGACGAGGAGGCGGAGCGGCCGCCGCCGUAUGCGCCUUGA